CCCAUAAAGCUUGAAGUGCAAUAGAAGCACUAGAGCUCAACAAGAACAAGCCCUAAUGUCCACUGUCGAAGAUCAUCUCCAAAGAAUUCCAGAGAUAUGCAGAGCCGCGUGAAGGAGGCUGAUUGGAAACUAAUCUUUACAACGAUUGUGAGGCAGCAGCGACAACUUCGAUAAAAUCACUAAUGGGAGGAGGUGCAGACCAUGGCCCGCAUCUUCCUCAUCUGCAUACUCAUCACCAUCGCCAUCAAAUUCGCCGAGCUAGAGCUGCUUAGCGUUUGGGUUUCUCUCUGUCAUCAUAAUAUGCAGUCACCUAGUUUUGUUGGCCUCCUAUUUCCUUGUCACCGGGUGUCACUUCAGUUGCUCAAGAAACAUAACACCAGUUUGAACCCGCUGAUUCUUCUAUGUAGGAAUAAAUCUAUGUCAGCACCUCUCAGUAUCAUUGACCCAAACGAAGAGACUGAUGACUUGGCUCUGGGUGAAUCAAACGAACGAUUUCAUGAGAUACCCAGAAGAUUGUUGAAUUCCGAGAGGCUCAAUUCUUUCCCACCUAUCAACAAAGUUGAAAGAACAGUGGGAGCAAAACAUAUUAACUCUGGUGGGAAGGAGAAGUUACGAUGGUAUUCAAGCAUGCUGCGAGAUUGCGCUUCAACAGGGUCUCUAAAGAAGGGGAAAGCUAUACACGGACAUUUAGUUAAGGAUGGGGUCGAAGCAGAUUCUCAUUUGUGGGUUUCUUUGAUCAAUAUGUAUUCAAAGUGUUUGAGUCCUUUACUUGCACGUACAGUGCUUGAUGAAAUGCCUGAAAGGGACAUUGUCUCUUGGAAUGCAGUGAUCGCGGGGUAUGUGGCUGAGGGAAGGGCCAGUGAUGCUGUUAGUUUGUUCUGUGAAAUGAAAAAGGAGGAUAUAAAGCCAAAUGAGUUUGCUUUGUCUACCGUUUUGAAAGCAUGUUCUUUGUGUCGGAAUUUACAGUUUGGGAAGCAGUUGCAUGCUGAUGCGAUAAAAUUAGGGCUGUUUCUAGAUUUGUAUGUUGGGUCUUGUCUUGUUGACCUUUAUGCGAAGUGUGAUAAAAUGGAACUGGCAGAUAGAGUGUUCUUUUCCAUGCCCGAGCUUAGUACUGUAUCAUGGAAUGUGUUGUUCAACGGCUAUGCUGAGAUGGGUGAUAUCAAAAAUAUCUUACGUCUUUUUUGCGGAAUAACUGAUUCUGAAUUGAAGUUCAAUAAUUUCAUUUUAUCCACUGUUCUGAAAGGUUGUGCAAAUUCAGGCAGUUUUAUUGAAGGCAAGGUUUUACAUUCUCUGGUUAUCAAGACUGGCCUUAAGCUUGAUCAACGUCUCGGCUGUAGUCUUCUUGACAUGUACUCCAAGUUUGGGCUAGCAUAUGAUGCACUCACAGUGUUCAAGAUGAUCAAAGAUCCUGACAUAGUGACCUGGAGUGCGAUGAUAACGUGCCUAGCUCAACAGGGCCAUAGCAAAGAAGCUGCCAAGCUGCUUCGCAUGAUGAGAUUUAGAGGUACUAGACCAAACCAUUUUACAAUUGCUAGUCUUGUUAGUGCUGCCUCUGAUCUGUAUGAUAUUACUUAUGGGGAAAGCCUUCAUGCUUUUAUUCUUAAAAGUGGGUUUGAAUAUGAUAAUGUGGUUUCCAAUGCCCUGUUUACAAUGUACAUUAAAAAAGGAUGCCCAGAAGAUGGUAGACAGGUGUUUUAUGCUAUGGAAAUUUGUGAUGUAGCUUCAUGGAAUGCCCUUAUAUCUGCAUAUCAUAAUUUUGAACAUCUUGAUGAAAGGCCAAGGAUCUUUCAGCAUAUGCUAGUUAAUAGCAUUGAGCCUGACAUGGACACGUUUAAUAAUGUUUUAAGGUACUGUUCUAGCUUCAUGGAUGUAGCCUUUGGAACACAGUUACAUGCCCAUAUCUUGAAAAACAACCUUGCUGCUCAACAUUCUGUUGGAAGAGCUCUCAUUGAUAUGUAUAUAAAAAAUAGCUGCUUGGAAGAUGCAGAUGUAGUUUUCAGUAGAUUGGUAAAUCAUGAUGUCUUAUCAUGGACAGCCAUGAUAACUAGCUAUGUACAAAUUGAUCAAGUGGAAAAGGCUUUCAAAUGCUUCAAUCAGAUGCAAAGAGAUGGUUUAGAGCCCAAUGAGUUCACCCUUGCCACUUGUUUAAGUGGAUGCUCCAGAAUGGCUACUCUGGAAAAUGGGCAGCAGAUUCAUUCUAUGGCAAUUAAGGCAGGUCACAUGGGAGAUAUGUUUUUCAGUACUGCACUUGUCGACAUGUAUGGAAAAUGCGGGUGCAUAGAAGAUGCUGAGGCUGUUUUCCAGUCUUUGGUGUCACGAGACGUGAUCUCAUGGAACACACUGAUAAAUGUAUACUCACAACACAUGGAAGGAGAAAAAGCUCUUGAAGCCUUUCAGAUGAUGUUAGAUGAAUGCAUUGAGCCAGAUGAGGUCACCUUCUUAUGCGUUCUUACUGGAUGCAGCCGCAUAGGUUUGAUUGAAGAGGGAAAGAGGAUAUUCAUCUCAAUGGAGAAAGUGUAUGGGAUAACUCCCAUGGUUAAGCAUUAUGCUUGUAUGGUUGAUAUUCUUGGUCGGGUUGGAAAAUUUAACGAGGUUGAAAGCUUUAUCAAGGAAAUGAAGCUAGUCCACUAUCCCUUAAUAUGGGAGAGUCUGCUUGGGUCUUGCAGCUUGCAUGGGAAUGUGAAAUUAGGUGAAAAAGCCGCUAGGAAACUCUUUGAGCUGGAGCCCAUGAGUGACAUCAAUUACGUAUUGCUAUCAAAUCUUUAUGCAGCCAAAGGUAGAUGGGAUGAUGUCAAAAAGGUCAGGGCAUUGAUGUCAAGUCGGGGUGUGAAAAAAGAACUUGGUUGUAGCUGGGUUGAGGUCAAUGGUCAAGUCCAUGUUUUCAUGUCUGGAAAUGGAUCACAUCCAAAAAUGAGGGAAAUCAAUAGGAAAUUGGAGGAGCUGGACCAAAAGUUGGCUUCAGUAGGUUACAAACCCAAGAUAGAGCAUUCGUUACAUGAUGUCUCUGACACGGAGAAAAUAGAGAAUCUCUAUUAUCACAGUGGAAGAUUGGCUCUUGCUUUUGCCCUUAUAAGUACCAAUCCCAACAAAACAGUUCGGAUUUUUAAAAAUCUACGCGUGUGCGGAAACUGCCAUGAUGUUAUGAAGCUAAUUUCCAGCAUUACCAAUCGGGACAUAAUUGUUCGUGACACAAAAUACUUUCACCACUUUAAGUCCGGCACUUGCUCUUGCCACAAUUAUUGGUGAUAAUAAUUUCCAGCAUUACCAAUCGGGACAUAAUUGCUCUUUAAAGACACACAACAAGAAGAUUCAAAUGAAGAUAUUUGAAGUCUCUGUAAGCACAUGUGUGGGCCAAAAGAAGGUAGGGAAGGGUGAUUGAGAGGCAUAGCAAGAAAUUUUGUGACAAGAAGAACUCCAACAUAAGUUGCAACUUGCAAGUCAUGCUGAAAAGUACUUUCUUAGGCAAGCAAAUCUUAAAAAGAAGAAUAGGCGUUCAAGCCUCUUUGGCAUGGUUGGGAGUAGCAACAUAACAGGACAUCUUGUGAAUGCUAAUAAUUCCAUGUGGGUUUUGAUUAUGGGGUGUGUUGAAGAAAGUUGGGGAUUUGGGUAUUUGUGGGUGGGUUUGAUAUGAAGCAGAAACAGAAGGAUGUAUCGGAUGUGUUGGUCGGGAAAAUGGCGUUGGUUGCUGUUAAAGCAUCAAAAGAGAUAUCAAGAACUGCUCUGGUGUGGGCUUUGACCCAUGUUGUUCAACCUGGAGACUGCAUUAAGCUCCUGGUGGUCAUUCCUUCUCACUCCUCAAGAACUAUCUUAGAAGUUAGAUCAGAGGGAUGAUGUUGCAGAAUCUUGCUCCCAGAUGAUGCGCCAACUCCUUCAUGUUUAUGAUCCACAGAAGAUUAAAAUCAGAAUAAAAGUCGUUUCUGGCUUACCUUUUGGGGUAGUAGCUGCUGAAGCCAAGAGAGCUUAAUCAAACUGGGUUAUAUUGGACAAACGACUGAAACAUGAGAAGAAAUUUUGCAGGCAGCAGCAUUCAGGCAUUUGGUACUUGCAAGUCGUUCCUGUUAAAUGAAC